AAAAGUACCAAUGACUGAUCGAGCAGAGCAUAAGCCCCACACGUGCGAAAGCCCGCCAACCCCGAACAUGACAGAAUCCAAACCCAAAGCCCUUUCCUAAUCUUUCUUCAAAUUCAAAUUCCCAAACGAAAUCUCCCAAAUCUUGGAAAACUGAAAUUAGGGCUUCUCGAUUCCAAAGAGGGAGUCGAGUCCAGUUUUCAUUGUUGCAUAGAAAACCAACAAUGAAUUCGGGCGACCUGAACAAGGUGUGGGAGAUCAGAGCGCUGAAAAGAAAGGAUCGGCAGGAGGAAGCCAGCAAGAUGCUAGACAAAAUCGCCAAACAGGUCCAGCCCAUUAUGCGCAAACACAAAUGGCGUGUCAAGCUUCUCUCUGAGAUGUGCCCAACCAAUCCUUCUCUUCUCGGGUUGAAUGUGAACCGCGGUGUGCAUGUGAAGCUGAGGCUGCGUAGGCCGAAUAGGGAUUUGGAUUUCUAUCCCUUUGAUCAAGUUCUUGAUACAAUGCUUCACGAGCUUUGCCACAAUGUUCACGGUCCUCACGAUUCCAAAUUCUACAAGCUAUGGGAUGAACUUAGGAAGGAAUGCGAGGAACUGAUGACAAAGGGUGUAACUGGCACUGCGGAGGGGUUUGAUCUUCCAGGGAGGCGUUUGGGAAGUGUUACACGUCAACCCCCUCUUUCAUCUCUCGGCAAAACUGCACUUGCUGCUGCAGAAAAGAGAGCGGUUUUGGGAUCUUUGAUGCCAUCUGGACCUAAGCGUCUUGGUGGUGAUAGCUCUAUGAUGGCUGCACUUAGUCCGGUGCAAGCUGCUGCAAUGGCUGCCGAGAGAAGAUUGCAGGAUGAUAUCUGGUGUGGUUCAGCAUUUGCUGGAGCUUCUGAGGAUGGAGAAUGCAACUCUGGUACAUCAGAGGACUGUGAAAACAUAGGUGCAAGUGCAGGAAGUUCAAGGCUUCACAAUGGUGCAAAAGUACAAUCCUCAGAUACAUUACCACAAAAAAGAAGUCGCAUACCUAAUAAGAACACUUCUUCUCGAUCAUCCAAAGUCCAUUUAGGAUCUGAGUUUGUAGAUCUAUCCAACGACGACUCUGUAUCUGGUUCUGACAUGAGAUCUCAGAAAAGAAGUCGUGAAUCAGAAACCAGUUCAUUCCCUCUAUCCAAUCGUCAUCUAGAAUCUAGUUUUGUGGAUUUGUUGGGUAUUUCAACCUCUGGGUCCGAACCUAAUAAUGAUGGAACACAUAAUCUUGAAGAAUCUGCUAUGUGGCAGUGUGGAACAUGCACUUUGUUAAAUCCGCCAAUAGCUCCAGUAUGCGAGCUUUGUAGCACACAGAGACCAAAAGAUGUUGGUACAAGUUACAAAAUCUGGUCAUGUAAAUUCUGCACUUUGGAAAACAGUAUGAAGUUGGAGAAAUGCUCAGCAUGCGGACAGUGGAGAUACUCGCAUGGUCCACCAAUUGCAACCCAACCACCAAAUCUGGGCACUUGAGAGGCACAACAACUAUAAAUGACUAGGCCUUCAACUUCUUGUCUCCUCUGUGCUCUUAAUGUUCCAGACUUGUAAUACUUGCUUUGGCUGUGAACAAUAGAAGCAAUUUUGUCCAGUAUACGAGGUUUUGUAGCACACAGAAACCAAAAGAUGUUGGUACAAGCUACAAAAUUGGGGUCUUUGUUGGAAAACAUUGUGAAGUUUUUAUGCUCAGCAUGUGGUCACUGGAGAUAUGAGAUGGUGCAACAAAAGCAACCUGAGCACCAAAGCUGAGCACUUGAGAGGUACAGUGUGAAGUUGGAUAUAUGCUCAGCAUGUGGUCACUGGAGAUAUGAGAUGGUGCAACAAUAGCAACCCCAGCACCAAAGCUGGGCACCUGAGAGCCACCGUGCUAUAAAUGAGUAGGCCUUGCAACAUCUUGUUGAUUCUGAAACCAAUAAUCUGAUAAAUUUUCUCUUUGGUGCCAACAUUUUUCUUAACUUGUUAUCAGCUAUCUAUAUAUUUUUCUUACUUGUUUAGACUUAUUGUUGGCAUGAGGUAGAUUUUGGUAUAGAUUGAAUAUUUGUAAGCUAUGAGUUACCUCCAGCAAAUGUCUCUCCCACUGUGAAAAUCUUCAAGUAUUAUGCAUGCAUAUUGGCAGCUUAAAUGGAAGAGGUAAGAGCGAAAAGUAGGUUCUCGAUA